GUGGACGCUGGCUUGGGGAGGAGGUGAAGGAGGCGCCAUUUUGGACCUGCUAAGCAUUUUCCCGCUGACACAUGACAUGGCGCGUGGAUAUGGUGACCUCACGACCCUGGGGUGACAGAAGGUGUGGCAAAAUGGCUGAGGAGCUUCUUUCCCUCAAGUGGAACAACCACCAGGCCCACUUUGUGGACAUCCUCACAUUCCUGCGGGAACAGGAAAUCUUUGUGGAUGCCACAUUGGCCUGUGGUGGGAAGCUAUAUGCAGCUCACAAGUUUGUGCUAAGUACCUGUAGUGACUAUUUUAAGCAGAUGUUUACGAAAAACCCGAGUAAACAUCCAAUAGUGUUCAUGAAAGAUGUGACGUCACGUGAUCUCGAAGCUCUACUGGACUUUAUGUAUAAUGGCGAAGUGAAUGUUCCUCAAUCUAGUCUAGGAUCUCUAAUUAAAACUGCAGAAGGACUACAAAUAAAAGGUUUAGCUGUGCCUGAUGACCCACCCGCUCCAAAGAGAGACAGGGACAGAGACAGAGAAAAGAGGGAGAGCAGAACACAGUUGGACCACCACAGUCCCCCUGCCAAGAGACCGCGGCCUAGAGAGCGAUCGCCCCCCCAGUCCUCCCCCUCCCAACCCCAAGUCAACCAGCCAAUCUCCUCGCACCCCCCCUCCGCCACACAGCUUUCCAGAUCUCGUUCCCCCCAGCCCCCCGCCUCCUCUGGGUCCUCGCAGGUUGGCAUGCCCCCUGUCGAGGCCACUCUGGAUGAGGACAGCAGAACCAGCAUACAGAGUGGUCUCAGUGGCCUCAGUGAACAGAACACCAGCACAACUCCUAGUCUAAGUGCCAAGCCGGGCGGAGGCAACUGUCAGCAGCAACAGCAGCAACAGCAACAGCAACAGGCGAAUGCUGGUGACAGUGCGGCGGCCCAAGCUGAUGCCCUCCAGCACAGCCAGAGCGGAGAGGAGCCUUCACCCGGUCCCUCGGGGCUGCACAAACACCACCAGUCAAAAGAAGAGCCAGAGUUUGAAAUAAAACAGGAAGAUGUGGUGGACCUGGGUGAAGAUGAUGAAGGGGAUUGGGGUGUUGAGGGGGAUGGGGGAGGGGGGGAGUCCUCCAUGGGGACUGAAAACCCCCCAAAUUUUCCUGAAGUAAUGUUACCUCACAGCGACGGCACCAUGCCAGCCACCGGUGAUCCUGCAAUGUGGCGGAUAGUGUCAAGGGCGGCGGGGGAGCCGCGCCGCAGAUACCCGUGCGACUACUGCGGCAAGCUCUUCCGCCGCCAGUACGACGCCACCCAGCACGAGCGUCUGCACACGGGCGACCUCCCGUACUCCUGCAGCCUCUGCAACAAGAAGUUCAUCAACAAGUCGCACUAUAACUACCACGUGACCCGCAGCCUCGAACAUCGCACCAACAAGGCGGGCGGCCGCAGCCGGAGCCGCCCCUCCUCCGUCGGCGUCCCUGCAGCCGCAACCUCUGCUGCUGCUGAGGCUGCUCCUGCUGAUUCCGCUCCUGUCACUACAACCGACACCGCCCCUGCCUCAGCUUCUUCCUCAACCCCUGCCUCAACCUCCUCUUCUACUACCGCCGCCCCAGCCGCCACCUCUGGCCUUGUCUCCACCGUCACUUCAGCCUACGACCCCGACACCCCCCUGGCCCCUGCUGUCACCUCCGCCUCCACCUCGGGCUUGGAGGGUUUGGACCCUGCCACUACGCCAGCGGACGGCACCGCCCCUGAUCCCACCGCGGAGGACUCCAAGAGGGGUUGUGGAGGUGGUGGGGGCGAUGGGUGUGGUGAUGAGGAAGAGGUUGUCAAGGGUAUGGUCGACAAGGUGUUUAGUCUGGCGCCGCCAUUCCCGUACCCCGAGGGCGCGCUGCUUCCCAGUGACCCCGGCGCUGGCCCCCUCCCGCCGGGCUUCGGGUGCCAGGUGUGCGGGCAGAUCAUCCAGCGCAAAGACAAUUACAGGAGACACCUGCGCCUCCACUCCGGCAUGUUGCCCUUCCAGUGUCCCCUGUGUCCGCGCCGCUUCAACACUCGCUACCACCUUCAGUAUCACCUCCAGCGCAGCGCAGCGCACGCCAGCGACAACGCCGCAGCCGCCAUCGCUGCUGACACUGCUGAGCCCCAGCUCGAGGGUGACUAUACCUCCCCGGCCGACCCCUGAGGUCCCCGGUGGGAUGCUUUGUGGUUGAAGGGGCACAGGGCCGCCUGGUGGCUCCCGUGAGGCCGGCGUCAGCCCGCCGGAGGAGUCGUGUGCGUUGGGUCGUAGAUCGCUGAAGUGGUUACUCUUCCAAGGGUGGUAUUGAUUGGCCUCGGCGGGACUGUGAUAUAUCGAGCGGGAGUAACCUUGGAGCUGUCUUGGGAGCAAGUGCGUGUCCGCGAGCACGUUCCGGCGGGCGUGGGUGUGCCAUGCAGUGGGGAAUCAAAGCUUGACGCGGGAAGUUAUUUUUUAUUGCAGGACAAUGGAAUCUAUUAGUUUGUGCUGGGCACCCCGGCGGCUGAGGCGGGCUGACGGCGUGCAGUGGCGGAGGUGAUAAACUCAGCGGUGAGGUGACGCUCUGCGCUUUGGAAAGCUCCGGCUUGUGCAUGUCCUGGGGGGUUAGUUACCCUAUGCGGCCUUGGUGCCGCACGGAGCGCGGCCAGCAGCAGGCCGUCAGGUGCGGCUACAGCGCCGCCGUUUUGCUGCUCCGGGGAGGUUGCUGUUGCGGUUGUCAGGAGGCGCCAGAGGGCUAUCUCGAGUAGUGGGUUGUGUGAGGAGGCUGGAGGGGAGGGGGUGGCGCGGCCCUUGGUGCUGCAGAAGUAGCCACUGUAGAGUUGCUGGCUAAGGCA